AUGGGGGCAGUGGUGGGUACGCUGACCAUGCAGACCAAGCAGAGGAGGCCGUCCAGGGACAAAGCUGACGAUGACUUGGAGAUGACCAUGGUGUGCCAUCGACCGGAGGGCCUCGACCAGCUAGAAGCUCAAACCAACUUCAGCAAAAGAGAGCUCCAAGUGCUCUACCGGGGUUUUAAGAAUGAGUGUCCCAGUGGUGUCGUAAAUGAGGAAACCUUCAAGCAAAUCUACUCCCAGUUCUUCCCACACGGAGGUAAAGAGAGACUAUGUGUCUAUGGCUCUGUCGUGUUUCUACCCCCUGUACUGACAAAUGCCAGCACCUACGCACACUUCCUCUUCAAUGCAUUUGACUCAGCACAUACUGGCUCCAUAAAGUUCGAGGACUUUGUGACAGCUCUGUCCAUCCUGCUGAGGGGCUCUGUCACUGAGAAGCUACAGUGGACCUUCAACCUGUAUGAUAUCAACAGAGACGGAUACAUCAACAAAGAGGAGAUGACCGACAUCGUCAGAGCGAUAUAUGACAUGAUGGGAAAGUACACAUAUCCUGUCUUGAAAACUGACGCACCCAAACAGCAUGUGGACGCCUUUUUUCAGAAAAUGGACAAAAACAGAGACGGUGUGGUCACUCUUGAUGAAUUCAUCCUGUCUUGUCAAGAGGAUGAAAACAUUAUGAGGUCUCUGCAGCUCUUUGAAAAUGUCAUCUAG